AUGCUGCUGCACGGAGCGCAAUCUCCCCCGCCAGCACCCGUUACCCACCACCAGCCCGACCUGGCCACGCGACCACGGCGCAAGAGGAAAGCCGAGACGCAAGACAACGAGCGCCUCUCGAAGCGAUUAAGUCUUCUCAAUCUAGGACCCGGCGUCGCUGACCGUGCCGAGCGAAAAGGACAGCGUGCGCAAGGCAUCAUCGAGUCGCGCGCCCGCACCCGCGCCCGCCAGCGCCUCGAGCGGGACGGCUGCGGCGACGUCGUCGAGAUGCCGCCGCGGCUCGACCCUCGCGUCGUGCAGGGCCUGAUGGCGGCGCAAGGCACGGGGGUCGAGCCCAUGGCGACGGGGCACGACGAUGAUGCGGACGCCAUGGAGCUGGACUGA